UUUAUCGAACCAAUCAAAAUCCUUCUCUGUCUCCUUUUGGUAAGGGAUCUAUGGCAUAAGCAGGCAUGACAGCCUUAGGCACAGUCCAUUCAGAGGCGCAAUACGAACGGUUCAACGACGCGCCAAUGCAAUAACUGACGGUUAUACAUCACGAAAUCUGAAUUGCAGCACAAUAAUAGAAGGACUUUGAAUUAACUCCUUAAGCCCGAAAUAGACGGAUCAAGUUCAGGGUGGCAAUCAUGAUAUCAAAAAUAUUCUGUGUUGAGAAUAAAAGACCUUUUAGCACCGGGCCCUCAAUUGUAUUUCCUCUCGUUCCAUCACCGUGUCCAACACUAGUUCCAUCCGGCAAGCCUUAUACUCAGCCACCUUCGGUGCCAUACUAUUGCACCAAUGGCAGACUACAGCCAAGACAUCGAGAAGCGCAGCAGUGCCGAGAUCCGCACUAAGGAACAGCUAUCGUCCAACUCGAGUGACGGCGAGGGCAGUGGGGAGGUACAGGAACGUACUAUUCGAGGUAUCCGAUGGCUUCUCAUUUGCAUCGCCAUCUUCUCGGCAAACAUCCUCUACGGUCUUGACUCCACCAUUGUCGCCGAUAUUCAGGGUGCGGUCUCGGAAACCUACAGCAAUGUUGCACAGCUGGGAUGGCUCGGUGUCGGGUUUACGCUGGGAUCAGCCGUUAUGAUCUUGCCGCUCGGAAAGGCCUACGGCCUUUUCGACAACAAGUGGAUUUUCAUCGGCUGCCUAACCAACUUUGCUGCGGCUAGUGCCCUCUGCGGAGGUGCGCCGAACAUGAAUGCCAUGAUCGUGGGCCGUGUUUGGGCUGGCGCUGGCGGAGCCGGCAUGUAUCUCGGAACAUUGAAUAUCUGUACCGCCUUGAGCUCACCAAAGGAACAUGGUUUCUAUGUAGGGCUCAUUGGCUUCGUCUACGGUGUUGGGUGUAUCCUUGGGCCUAUUGUUGGCGGUCUUCUAGCUGAUAGCCCUGCCACUUGGCGAUGGGCAUUCUAUCUUAAUCUAUGCAUCUUCGCCGUCAUGGCUCCCAUCUACCUCUUCCUGCUGCCAUCCAUCCCACGCAAGCCAGAGACGGCUCUGUCGGACAAAUUGAAGACUUUGGAUUGGUUGGGAAUCAUCCUCAAUGCUGGCAUGUAUUGCUGCUUCACUGUUGCCUUUACCUUCGGUGGUGCUAUAUGGGAGUGGAGUGAUGGUCGGAUUAUCGCCCUGUUCGUUGUUUUUGGUGUCUGCGGUAUUGCUUUCGGCGUAUCUCAAGCCCGUGCCAUCUUCACGAACAAGGUUGACCGACUAUUCCCCUGUGAUUUCUUACGAAAUCCUCAGCUGGUACUUCUCUUCAUCAUCAUGGCUUGUGGUGGAGCUGCCGUAUUUGUUGCCGUUUACUACAUUCCGCUGUACUACUUGUUUGUCUAUGGGCUUACCGGUACUGGGGCUGCUGUGAGACUGCUCCCGUACGUUUGCUGCUAUGUGUUUUCAAUCCUCCUCUGCGGUGCAGCCAUGAGGAAGGUUGGCUAUCAUAUGGUCUGGUUUACUGUCAGCGGUCUCCUUAUGACUGCUGGCGGAGCAACAAUGUUUACAGUAACAGUCGACACAUCAAACGCGAACAUCGCCGGUUAUACGGUUCUAGUCGGCUUGGGUAUGACGACAAGUCAAGCUGUCUAUGCCGUAGGCAAUGUUCUAGUGGAACCAAGCAGGGCAUCUGACGUCAUUCAGUUCCUCAAUAUUUCCCAAGGCGCCAGUGGUCUUAUUGGAUUAGCGAUAGCCAGUGCGAUAUUCCAGACUAAAGCAUUUGAUGGGAUCCAACAGGUGCUGGGACCGGGCUACACGAAGAGCGAGAUCCAAGCUGCUAUUGCUGGAGCCAAGAGCGAAAUUUUGGCAAAUGCUCCUCCUGAAAUCCGGGCUCAAUGUAUCGAUGUCAUUGUGUCCGUCAUCGGUGAUGUAUGGGCAAUGAUUAUCGCGGCUGGCGCUCUUUACACAAUUUGUUCGCUUUUCUUAACACGUGGACGGCAUAUCACUCCCAAGACUGUAUCAUGAAUUUUAGGACAUCUCGACUAAUUACGGUUGUUUGACGUUUAUGUAUAAGGCUUUUUCGGUUUAGAAUUGGUGUUGCAAUAGUUUCAAAACAUGAUAAGAUAUCCACGCGGGUCGGAAAACUGAACUCUGGAGAAAUAAUUCAAGAUAUAUAUUAUUAAAAACCACUACUUGGACCUUAUUUUGAUAUAUUUCUUUUCUUGGUUAUAAA